AUGCCGCUGAGGAUAGGCAGUGUUCGAGGCAAGGUCCACGCGAUCUUCAACUGCAUGCUUGUCGGCUGCAUCAUCACCAUAUCAUACCAACUCCACUCGCUGCUGCAAAAAUGUGACAAAGAAACUGUGUCGAGAAAUUUGAACCUCUUCAACCCCCCUCCACAAGGCCUGACACACGAUUCCGUUGGAGUAAAGAGCGGAGCGGAGAAAACUGGCGGAGGCAGUCAGCCACGGGGCUCCUCGUCUCCCAUAAACCCGCAUCCUUACCACUUCACAUUGGAGCAUCCGGACAAGUGCAAGAACCAGAACGUUUUUCUUCUCAUCAUUGUCACGACGUCGCCUAAGAAUUACAUCCAGCGGCAGGACAUCCGCCGCACUUGGGCGAACGAGUCCAACAUAGCUGGGGUGGUCAUCAAGAGAGUGUUCGCCGUUGGGCAGCCGUUCGACCCAGCUAUGAGAGGUUUGACAGAUAACAUGACUGCGGAUCUGCUGACUUGGCCCGGGUGUAGGAAGGUGAACUCCACCUCCAAGUUCAUCCUCACCGCUUGCUUAUUUCUACUUCUCUACCAACUCUACCCCCAACUGCAACAACUUCGAAGCAACGUACAUCCACAGAAGGGUAUAGAACAACGUUCUGUUACUACCAAGAACCGCUUACUGCAGAGUAUUGUCAGGAGAGCAGCUUUACACAGAGUCACUCCUGACCUGAAUACAUCACUGGGGAAUAAAGUACUGCAUACAUCAUCAAGCUUUCAGGCCUACUCAAACAAUGGGACAUUUAAAAACGCUUCUAACUUGGUCAACCCGCAUCCGUAUUCGUUCGUACUAAACAAUGCGGAUAAAUGUGGGCGUGAGAACGUAUUUCUCCUUAUUGUAGUGACCAGCUCGCCUGAGUAUCGGUACCAGAGACAGGCCAUACGCCAAACCUGGGGUAACGAGUCCAACGUUCCUGGAAUCGUCAUCAAACGUGCCUUUGCAAUCGGACUUCCGAAGAACACCUCUAUACAGGAGGAUUUACAAAAGGAAAACGCAAUCCACAGCGAUAUCAUCCAGGAGGAUUUUAUAGACACGUACCGCAACCUAACUCUGAAAGCAGUCAUGGUGUGGAAAUGGGCCUUCUUGUAUUGCCCCCAGGCUAGAUUUGUCAUGAAAACGGACGACGACGCGUUUGUUGAUGUGUACAGGCUGGUGAACCAUUUAGAGCAGCUGCAGCCUAACGCCAGUCGCAGGUUUGUGACAGGUCACGUGUACGUAGACUCCAAACCCAUCCGAGACCCGAACAGCACAUACAAAAAGUGGUACGUCACAAAACAGGAGUACCCAAGAGAUACCUUCCCUCACUACCCAUGCGGCUGCACCUAUGUCAUCUCCAACGAUCUCACAAAACUGCUCUUCGAAACGUCAUUGGUGACAGAGUAUCUAUUUAUAGAAGAUGUUUAUUUAGGGAUUUGCCUGGAAAAGUUGGGUGUUGAUGUCGUGCCUUCAGAUAAGUUUUGGUCCAUGUACACGGGAACGAUCCCGUGUUCUCCGCAGUUUGACUUCAUCGCCUCUCAUUGGGUGAAGACGCCUCAGGCCAUGAUGACGUCAUGGAAGGCGUUAAAUACGAACUGUAAAGAAUCUUUCUUCGGACUGUGGGACAUUCUGCGCGAUCUUUGGUAG